CCUCUGGCUCCCAUCCUGCCUGCGUGUGCCAGGCCCAGCUCAGUGACCACCAUGGUGAGGCUCGUGCUGCCCAACCCGGGCCUGGAGGACCGGAUCGCUUCCCUGGAUGAGCUGGAGAGCAUCGAGGAGAAGGAGGCCAGCUCCCGGCCCCAGUGGGACAACAAGACCCAGUACAUGCUCACCUGUGUGGGCUUCUGCGUGGGCCUCGGCAACGUGUGGCGCUUCCCCUACCUGUGCCAGAGCCACGGAGGAGGAGCCUUCAUGAUCCCGUUCCUCAUCCUGCUGGUGGUGGAGGGCAUGCCCCUGCUCUACCUGGAGUUCGCCAUCGGCCAGCGGCUGCGGAARGGCAGUGUGGGCGUGUGGAGCUCCAUCCACCCGGCCCUCAAGGGCGUAGGCAUCGCCUCCAUGUUUGUGUCCUUCAUGGUGGGUCUGUACUACAACACCAUCAUCGCCCUGGUCAUGUGGUACUUCUUCAACUCCUUCCAGGAGCCCCUGCCGUGGAGCCAGUGCCCGCUCAACGGCAACCACACAGGCUACGUGGAGGAGUGUGCCAAGAGCUCCUCCGUGGACUACUUCUGGUACCGAGAGACCCUCAACAUCUCCACCUCCAUCAGCGACUCGGGCUCCAUCCAGUGGUGGAUCCUGCUCUCCCUGACCUGUGCCUGGAGCGUGCUGUACGUGUGCACCAUCCGUGGCAUCGAGACCACCGGGAAGGCUGUCUACAUCACCUCCACGCUGCCCUACAUUGUACUGACCAUCUUCCUCAUCCGCGGCCUGACGCUGAAGGGUGCCACCAACGGCAUCGUCUUCCUGUUCACGCCCAACGUCACGGAGCUGGCCAACCCCACCACCUGGCUGGACGCGGGCGCCCAGGUGUUCUACUCCUUCUCGCUGGCCUUCGGAGGCCUCAUCUCCUUCUCCAGCUACAACUCUGUGCACAACAACUGUGAGAUGGACUCUGUGAUCGUGUCCAUCAUCAACGGCUUCACGUCCGUGUACGCGGCCACCGUGGUCUACUCCAUCAUCGGCUUCCGUGCCACCGAGCGCUAUGACGACUGCUUCAGCACGAACAUCCUGACCCUCGUCAACGGGUUCGACCUGCCCGAGGGCAACGUGACCCAGGAGAACUUCGCAGACAUGCAGCGCUGGUGCAAUGCCACGGACCCCGUCGCCUACGCGCAGCUGAGCUUCCAGAACUGCGACAUGAACUCCUUCCUCUCCGAGGGUGUGGAGGGCACGGGCCUGGCCUUCAUCGUCUUCACCGAGGCCAUCACCAGGAUGCCAGUGUCCCCGCUGUGGUCGGUGCUCUUCUUCCUCAUGCUCUUCUGCCUGGGCCUCUCCUCCAUGUUCGGGAACAUGGAGGGUGUGGUGGUGCCCCUGCAGGAUCUCAGGCUUAUCCCCAAAAAGUGGCCCAAGGAGCUGCUCACAGGCGUCAUCUGCUUGGGCAUGUACCUCAUCGCCUUCGUCUUCACGCUGAACUCCGGCCAGUACUGGCUGUCCCUGAUGGACAGCUACGCCGGCUCCAUUCCCCUGCUGAUCAUCGCCUUCUGUGAGAUGUUUGCUGUUGUCUAUGUGUACGGCGUGGACAGGUUCAACCRGGACAUCGAGUUCAUGAUUGGCCACAAGCCCAACAUCUUCUGGCAGCUCAUGUGGAGAGUGGUCAGCCCCAUAAUCAUGUUGGUCAUCUUCCUCUUCUACUUCGUGAUCCAGGUCAACAAAGAGCUCACGUACAACGUCUGGGACCCUAGCUACGACAAGUUUCCCCAGUCCCAGAAGGUGGCCUACCCAGGCUGGGUGUACGCCGUGGUGACCAUUGUGGCUGGGGUGCCGUGCCUCACCAUUCCCUGCAUCGCCUUCUACAAGAUCAUCAGAAACCAUUGGCGGAGGCCAGGUGACCAGCAAGGGCUGGUCAGCACACUGUCCACAGCCUCUGUGAACGGAGAACUCAAGUCCUGA